AUGGAGAGGAACGUUCAAAGCGCCGUUAUGUUUCUUUCGCCGCAUCAUCAUGUCCAGCGAGAGCUCAUCUGUUCUCUUCUCCUCUGGAUGAUGAGCACCGUGAUGACGCGACCCUCUCAAACAGCUGAUCUCACAUCCAAAAUAUCCAGUGUGGAGGAACUUCCGGAGGAAUUCCGCAAGCAGUUACAGCAGGAUGAGUCAGACUCAAGAGAGGAUGAGGAGUAUGGAGACAGCUGUGUGAGCGUUUUCAGGUCAUUGGAGGAGCGCAUCAUCCGGGCGAGUGCGUCCAUCGAGCAGGGCGCUGCGUUCCUGUCCGCCCCGCAGCGGGUGUUCAGCUGGAGGGACUGCGUACACGUCUGCUACUCUCAUCCGCACUGCAGGACCGCCAUCAUCCAGGAAGACCUCCAGCAGCCGGACGAGAGUUUACGCUGCUAUUUAUUCAACUGCACGUACCGGGGCAGAAAUGUGUGGUCGUUCUCCUUCCAGCCGGGAUUCAGCUCCUACAGUCGGGGGAACGACAGCUCUAGACCGCAUGAGCCCACCCAGAGCCCUGUGGCCACUGACCGGCCCAACACAUCAGCCAAGAGACUUUCAUAUGGGAUGGAUGAGGAGGGCUCUUUAAUGCAGGGUGGGUUUCCCCAAUUCAGAAUUCUGAAAAAAAGUGCCCCAAACCCUUCUGAAACUAGCAAAUCAGAUUAG